CAUGACACGUCUUAUCUAUGUAACUACCGACAAUGAAUGGUUUAACAGUUUUGUUGCUCCUGGGUACAACGUUGACACAAGGUUUAGCCUUAAUGUGCUUGCAAUGUGUUAAUGUCCUUCAACCGCGUCAUUGCAACGACAUCACUUAUUGUGCUGAGAACGAGGUUUGUUACGUGGAAAGGGUGGUGUCACCUGAUGGACAUCGCUAUAAUUCAGGAUGUAUGCAGCAAAACAUAUGUAUGAGACAGAAUUCCAGCAGUUCCAUACAAGCCUUCAGAAACGGUUUGAUACAGACCAUUACCUGUACCGGAUGUUGUCAGUCAGAUCUGUGUAAUUCGGAGGGAUGCGGCGAACCAGGAUUUCCCGCCAUUCGAGGACCCAUGUGUUUGGGUUGCUCUCAGACUCGUAAUGCCACCGACUGCCGUACGAUUAUCCACUGUAGAGAGUCGGAGGUUUGUCACAUCACAGAAGUAGUUGAGUUUGGAGAUAUAAUAUAUUCGACAGGAUGUGUGCAUUCACAGUUGUGUUCAAGUUUUGUUUCAAGACCCUUUUCAAUAUCGGAACUGUCCAACUGGCACAAUACCCCAGGAACACAAUCUUUAUCACUAACAAAACAACCUUCAACUCCAACACAACCAUCACUGCAAUCAACAACCAUGUUAGCACCGUCAAUUAAUACAAAAACAGCAAGCACACGUGCACAUACUCACCCUACUAAGGACCAUGUCUUCAUCACCUCACAUAUAGGUGUGGUCGUGGUAGGCAAGAGAUCAGCACAAAGACGGUUUGUAGAUUGCAGUCAAUGUUGUUAUGGUGAUUUAUGUAACCAUGAUUGUUCGAGAGCAAGUACAACUUCAACGGUUUCAUAUUUGACUUUUUCCUCUCCAUCACCACAAACAACUCAACAAUAUGUUACCAGUUCACCCGGAUCCUCCACUCCAAACAGUACAGUUCAACACACUCUUCCACACAUUUAUACAGCACAGACAUCUAGUUCUUCGAUAACAUUGCCUACCCAACACACAAAUAGCCUUCCAGAUACAUCAGGAGACGAAUUCCUUUUGGCAUUUUCCAAACAUGAAAACGGAAAUGAUGCAGAUAAUAUCACCUUACUUGUUACGUCCAGUGAAAAUGGACAUAUCAGUAUCCAUCUUCCGAUCAACAACACGUACAUCAACACUACAGUGACAAAAGGAGAAAAUGUAAUCGAAAUUGAUCCUCAUAUUACCCUUAACAAUCUUCAAAAAGAAAAUAAAUCAGUUCAUAUCGUAACUGACGUUAAUGUAACGCUUCAGGUACACGAAUAUCGAAACGUAUUUGACACAGGAUUUCUGGCAUUGCCUACGCAAUGCUUGUCUACAAAAUACAUUGUUUCAACUGAACCUGCAUUUGAUGGUGCAAACCCAUCCUACGUGACCGUUGCUGCUCUGAAGGACAAUACGGAGGUUUCAUUUAGACUUGAAUUAAGUGGAAAUGAUACGAUUCAAUACAAAGGUAAAAGUUAUGGCAAAUAUGAUACAUUAAACAUAACUUUGAAUCAAUACGAGACUUUCCAGUUAACGGGAAUUACAGAUUUUACUGGAACGGUGAUUCAGAGUUCGCAACCAAUUUCAGUUCUGUCUGGAAACACGGCAACAGUUAUUCCCAAACCUGUGGAUUCGUCCAGUAUCUUUGAUGCCCAAACACUUUCUCAAAUGAUACCACCUGCAAGUAUUCUUGGCCAAAAUUUCAUAAUUCCGGAAUUACAGGGCAGGCAUAGUUACUAUUACAAGAUCAUCGCUUCCUAUCCCAAUACUCGCGUCACUGUUGGAGACAAAACUACAAUUCUUCAAAGCGAGGGAUCCUUCCAAAUGUUUGAAUCCGUAGACGGAAGAUCUAUUAGUAUCUCAAGUGACAAACCAGUGUUGGUCGUCCAGAUUGCGAAGACCAUGCAGUCUCAUUAUGACACGGCCAGUGGAACAAUGAUUGUAACACCAGCUGUUGAACAAUUCAAAUCGGAAUACACGGUGAUAGUUCCUGAUCCACCUAAGAGAAAUCAUCAAACUAAUUACAAAUCUUACAUCUCCAUUAUCACAGAACUUGAUCAAGUAGAUAAUAUCGACAUUGACGGAAGCAAGUAUGAUGUGUAUAAUUCUAACCUGCAGACUGUACAUCUAAAUGGUAAAUCGUAUUCCGUAAUAACAUUGCAGAUGGAUAAACCUGGUCUACACAAAGUGACUAGCGUUUCCAGAUAUCCUUUCGGACUUGUAAUGUAUGGGUUUGAUUUUGCACAGGGUUAUGGAUAUCCAAUUGGACUGAAAUGUUAAAGCUACAUUUUUGUAUAACAGAAAUUUGUGGAGUUGCAAUGUAAGGUUAGGUAUUCUGUUUUAUUAUUACCUGCAGAUGGCUUAUUAGACACUAGUGUUUAAACAUUGACUUGUCAAAAAGAAAAUCUAGAACACUGAAACUUAAAAAAGCUACAACAAUGUAGGUAAUGAAAUAUCAAUUUGUCAAAGACAAAAAUGUACAACAAAGACUAUUGAAGACAUCUUUACUUGAA